GAUCUGAAGGACUGAAGAUCAUGAGCGCUCAACUCGACCGUGUUUCUCCUCCCGAUCUCCGCGCGCACAGUCUCCGCAAGACCAAGAAAUAAAACACACACACACUCACUCUCUCUCUCCCUGUCUCUCUCUCUCUCUGUCUCUCUAUCUCUCUCAAAUAUUCACAGCAGCAGCGCCGGGAAUAAAGCUUCAUCCACGCUUGGACUCUCAAUCUCGCAGUUGUGCGCUUUUAUUGAAUCAGUCCCUGUGUGAAGGCUCAAGGUGUGUGACAUGAUGUUGAUGUGUGUUGGAUUAUUCGGCGUCUCUCUGAUCGUCUUUGUCCAGCGGCCAGCCGGAGCUUCUGUCAGCAAAAACCCGCAAGAUGUGGACGAGUGCGCCGAGGCCCUGGACAGCUGCAGUAUAGAUGCCAUCUGUCAGAACACCCUCAAGUCAUACAAAUGCAUCUGCAAAUCAGGAUACAAAGGUGAUGGGAAACACUGCGAAGAUAUCGAUGAGUGUGCCAGUGAAUAUAAUGGAGGAUGCGUUCACGACUGCAUCAACAUCCCUGGAAACUACAGAUGCACGUGUUACGACGGCUUCCGUUUGGCCCACGACGGACACAACUGUCUGGAUGUGGACGAGUGCUCAGAAGGAAACGGUGGCUGCCAGCAGGUCUGUGUGAACAUGAUGGGGAGUUAUGAAUGCCGGUGCCGAGACGGGUUUCUGCUGUCCGACAACCAGCACACCUGCAUCCAGAGGCCCAAAGUGCGUUUUAAUGGAACUAAAGACGUGCCCACCUGCAUGGAUAAAAAUCACGGCUGUGCACACAUUUGCAGAGAAACGCCCAAAGGAUCCAUCGCCUGUGAGUGCAGACCGGGAUUUCAGCUCACCAAGAACAGCCGAGACUGUAAAUUGACGUGUAACUAUGGCAACGGUGGCUGUCAGCACAUCUGUGAGGAGACGGACCACGGGCCCAGAUGUUCCUGCCACAUGAAGUUUGCGCUUCACUCUGAUGGGAAGACCUGUGUAGAGGAAAGGAGUGUCCAACAGCAGCCACUGCAGCCACAGCUGUUACCCAAUGAGACGUGCGCAGUCAAUAACGGAGGCUGCGACAGCACGUGUCAUGACGCUGUGACCGGAGUGAGAUGCAGUUGUCCGGUGGGAUUCACGUUACAGCCGGACCGCAAGACCUGCAAAGACAUUGAUGAAUGCCGCAUGAACAACGGCGGGUGUGACCAUGUGUGUAGAAACACGGUGGGCAGCUUCGAGUGCAGCUGCAAGAAAGGAUACAAACUUCUGACCAAUGAGAGGACGUGCCAAGAUAUAGACGAGUGCUCUUUUGACCGGGCGUGUGACCACACGUGUGUGAACUCACCUGGAAGUUUCCAGUGCUACUGCCACAAAGGUUACGUCCUCUACGGCGUGGCUCACUGCGGAGAUAUCGAUGAGUGCAGCAUUAACCGGGGCGGCUGUAAAUUCGGAUGCGUGAACACUCUGGGCAGUUACGAGUGUACCUGUCCUCCUGGUUACAAACUGCUCUGGAACCGCAAGGACUGUGUCGAAAUCGUGAAAUGUGCGUCCAGUCUGGUGUCCCCCAAAGCCACCCUCACUUGCAGUAAGACGGGGAAAAAGGACAGCUGCUCUCUCACAUGUGCAUCCAAAGCACAUUAUCUAUCAGAAUCAGACAGCAGUUAUUCUGUGAGCUGUGGAAUACCCAUCCUGCGAGGGAAAUCCCAGAGCCGAUUAAACACAAGCAACAUCCACACCUGCAUAGAGACUCAGGCUCCUCCAGUGAAGCAGACGGCAUCCUUUCGGAUCAAGAACGCCAAGUGCUACCUGCACCCGAAGCACAAGGGCAGAGCAGAGGACAACGGCAGACAGAUCGGGCCAGGUGGUCAGCCAUGCAGCAACUGCCUGGUCACCUUUGUUAACCUGAAGUGUGACUCGUCUAAGAAGUCCAAAGGUCGUCGAGCGCGUAACCCGUCAAGCAAAGAGGUCACACGCAUCACUCUGGAGCUGGAGGCCGAGGUCAAGCCAGCGGACACCACUGGGAGCUGUAACAUGAUGUGUCAAAGGCAGCGCAUGGAGCAGCAGAUGAAGUCGUACAUUAAAACCCUGAAAAAAUCCAUUAACCAGGAGCGUUUCCUCAUCCGUGUGGCCGGGUUGGAGUACGAGGUCGCGCAGAAGCUCCCGCAGGCUGCACUGAGGCAGGAGAACUGCGGACCGGGCCGAGAGAAAGACAGCGGCCGCUGUGUCAGAUGUUUGCCUGGGUCUUACUACCAUGGUGAGCAGGAGCGCUGCGUCCACUGCCCACCUGGAACCUUUCAGGAGCGGGAGGGUCAGCUGGCCUGUGACCUUUGCCCUGGAGGAGACCGCCAUGGUCCACCAGGGGCCCGCAACAUCACAUCAUGUGCAGGUCAAUGUCCACCAGGGUAUUUCUCCAGCGAUGGGUUCAAGCCCUGUCAGUCGUGUCCCCUAGGAACGUACCAGCCCGACCCAGGACGAACUCUCUGUUUCCCCUGUGGAGGCGGGCUCGGUACCAAAAGAGAGGGUGCCAGCUCCUUCAAUGACUGUGAGGUCAAAGUGUUGUGUUCUCCAGGUCAUUAUUAUAACACCUCAGUUCACCGUUGCAUCCGCUGUCCUCAUGGAACCUACCAGGCUGAGUUCAGACAGAAUUACUGCAUCUCCUGCCCCGGAAACACCACCACUGACUUCGACGGGGCCAUCAGCGUCUCUCAAUGCAAGAAUCGGGAAUGUGGGGGUGAAAUCGGCGAGUUCAUCGGAUACAUAGAGUCCCCCAACUAUCCUGGAAACUACCCAGCCAAUGUAGAGUGUGUCUGGACCAUCAACCCUCCACACAAACGCAAGAUUUUGAUCGUGGUCCCGGAGAUCUUCCUCCCAUCCGAGGAUGAGUGCGGAGACGUCCUAGUCAUGAGGAAGAACUGGUCAGCAACCUCCAUCACCACCUAUGAGACAUGUCAGACAUACGAGAGGCCGAUCGCGUUCACGGCCCGAUCUCGCCGCCUCUGGAUCAACUUCAAAUCCAACGAUGUAAACAGCGCUCGCGGCUUCCAGAUUCCCUACGUCACUUAUGACGAAGACUACGAGCAGCUGGUUGAAGACAUUGUAAGAGAUGGAAGACUUUACGCCUCUGAAAACCAUCAAGAAAUACUCAAGGAUAAAAAACUGAUUAAAACUCUGUUCGACGUGCUGGCUCACCCAAACAAUUACUACAAGUACUCGCCCCGGGACUCCACGGAGAUGCUCCCGCGUUCAUUCAUACGCCUCAUCCACAGCAAAGUCUCCGCUUUCCUGCGCCCGUACAAAUAAUCCGAGAGCUCCAUCCACACACCUCCAGUCACCUGGCCUCGAGUCAACGGGAUCCUACACACAUGUAAAGGAAAUACACAUAUUCAACAGCACACACACAACCACACUAUGCAGAUUUCAGAUGUUUCACUUCACCCUUUUCUUUUCUACUUCUUGUCCGUCACCUCCGAGGAGAAAACAGCUUCUGUGUAAGUCUACAUGUAACGCAGUCGUAUCGAGUUUCCUUUCGCGAUGGUUUUCUUCGGUCGUAUGAACGCUUGCACGCUCAGUCCCGUAGAGGAAGGCGAUAGUUCGGGUGGUCCCACUCCUCCCAUUAAGAGCGACGUGAGCGUGUUGUACAGACAAAAGAAAGUCGUCGCAUGUCAAAAGAAAAGAAAAUCUACUUGUUGAACUGGAGCUUUAAAAAAAAAAAGUGGCUUUCCCCAAGUUCCAGCCGUCGUAAACUGUACUAGUUCUCAGAAUAAGUGUUCAAUCUUUUGUAUAUCUGUACUUUUAGUGUGCUCUUGGUAAGAUCUAAUUCAUAUCAAGCAUUUCCACAAUGUUAAAACAUUAUAUUUGAGCUCCUAGAGCAUACAUGUAAUCUCUAAAGGUCAUGCUGUUAAAACAGUAGUUUCGUUAAGGUCUGCCAGUUCAGAUUGUAUUAUUGUCAACCGCGUAUUCGUCUAUUUCCUAAUAUUCAAGUUAAUUUAACAAAUGGUGCGUUAUUGGAAAGGCUCGGGUGAUGAGAAGGUCGGUUGGGGGUUUUAAGAACGGUGGACUGGUAAUUGAGUUUUUUGCAGGACAUGCAAUUGCUGCUUCUUCAGAAACGUCACUUUAAGCCUAUCGCGAUUUAAGAAACGUCCCACGGAGAAGAGCAGUCGAGGGGCCGGACUCUUUAAAGGAUUUCACAGUGCAGACAUGAUAAACGUAAAGCACAGGGUUGACGUGGAUGGACUUUCCGGUCACGACGAGCGAGAUGAAAUGACAGUGUUUUGAGUUUGUUUUGCACAUUAUAGAAGGACCCAAAGAGAAGCAGCGUUCAGGUUACGAGUGUUGGGUUUCACCGGACCGCGGUUAGAUAAGUGCCUGAAGUGCAAAAGUGUCAGGAUAAGCCUGUGGAUGUCGACAUUUAUGAGUGUUUCCUGUAUUAAUUAUGAAUUAGUAUUCCUCAUGAAUGUGUUCAUAGGUAGAGCCCUUCACAUAAAGUGAAAAGAACCAAACUUCGAGAAGGUCAAACCAUACCCAGUUUUUAUAUGUAAACAGAAAAGGACUGGUCAGAAUGGUAGUUUACUGUUGUCUUUUUUUUGUAUAUUGUAAAUAUGAAAUAAACGUAGACUAAUUGGAGUCUGAGAGAUAAGUCCAAACCCAAGUUGUUCUCCCAAACUUUCCGCUGUAUAGCCUCCCUUCCAAAUGCGGACACAAAAGAGGGUGUGUUUAAGGCCAGAAACGCUCUACGCAAGUACGCAAACGCUCGUCCAAAGUACACAAACGUGCAUUCCUGCGAUGGCGACUCGAGGAGACGAUAGUUUCAUUCAUUUGUUUGUUCUAAACCAGGAAGCUAGCUAUACAUGUCGACUUUAACUCGCUAAACAAGACCUGAAACUCACCGAAAAAGGACACAUUUAUAUACUUGCGUAGAAUGUUUUGGGACCAUUUCUGUGCCGGGAGAAAAUAGUCGUGGUGUCGACUGAAAAUCUGGGCUCCACGUGUGUCUAUUUGUAACCCUCUUUUAAAGUUAACCUGUAUUCAAACACACAAGAAUGUCCCAGAAAAGUCUAACCCUCAAGACUAGAUCCUAAAAUCUAGAUUUGAAAACGAACUGAAUGUGUGUGGGUUAUUUGAUGAAGCAUUUAUUGACAUUUUAGGUAUUAUGUACAUUUUGUCAUCUAUUACAAUGGUCACUAAUAUAAUUGUUUAAAUGUAUAAAUAUGAUAGAAUAGAAAAAAAAAUACAACUUGGGUUAACCCAAGAAGAAGUGAACUGUCAAUAUUGCCCCACUUGGUCAUACUACUACACAUGUUGCAGCACUGCAGGCUGGAUGUCUCCGGGAAUCAAAAGGAUGGGUCACAUGUGAAAUAGCCAUGGUUGCCUAGAUGAAAUGUUCGUGGCAAAGUAGUCAAUGUUUUGUUGAAUGUUCACUAAAAGAAAUGCAGAGUGUUUGCUACUCUCUAGUCAGUGUCAUUGGCGGUCUGUGACUGCUGCUUUAUUUUGUUGAUCAUUUCCCCUUGUUUUUGCGCUACCAAACCCAUUUCAAAGAAAAAACUUUUUUUUUUUUUGUCUGUGGUUUUCUAUUGUUUUUUUGUUUUGUCUUUUCCCCCCAUUUUUCUUUUGUAUUUUGAAAAAGAAAUGACUUUGCCACAAUGAUUCAUGGAAUGGGAAAUGGUAUUUGCACUUGAAAUUUGUUUAUGCUCAUGUAAAAAUGUCUGGAUUUUGUAUUGUCUUUUUAAAUGAAAUUGGUGUUCUUAAAGUUGUCUAUUUUGAUUUCUUAAUUCACA